AUGAGUCGUCACGUCGACGAUCCAACCACGAUCAAUGCGUUCCUGCGCAUGAUCCGUGCCACGCCCCUGUCGGCAAGCCCAAAUGCUCGACCAGAAGCCAUGGCCCAAACUGUGCCUCCUGCACCUCUCAAUGGUUACUCUCAUGAAUCCGGGGUUGGUAACGAGCCACCCGAGACCUGGACUGCACCAGACGGCACUUCUACUUCUGUAGAGGCAAGCCCUGCACGAGAGCCUCUUGCACCGCCUCCUACCCCGGAGACUCAACCUGUCACCAACGGAAGCAUCACUCUUCUCGAGCCUAUCUUUGAAGACGACAGUGAUUCGUCGAACGGAGCGAAGCAGAUUCCAGCGAAGACAGGCAAUCCAGAAUGUACUGAGAGAACCAGCUCGGCUCAAAACGAAGAACCUCAAGUCAGCAAUGUUCUUGAUACAGUUCCUCACGCUCUAACCCCGACUCAGUACGCUCUUUUGGUGAAGACACGAAAUGAUAUUGCUGAAGCAGAAAAGGCACGAAUCAUCAAGGCCACCCGCGAUCGAGCGGCACGCUACAUUGACGAGACGGUGGAGAAAUUUCGCCAGUCCAAGGCAGCCAUGUUCGCGGCAGUUGAACGACCAGUCCGCCAGGAGGUGCCUCACGUCGCUACAGACGGCAACCAGGAGACCGGAAUCGCUGGCCCCUUCCCGUCCCCAAAGCCGGUAGAGUCUCCAGAGGCACCUGUUUCGGUGGCCGGUCUGCAUCUGUCGGAUGAUGACAGUCCUAUACACCGAAUGCAAAAUCCUACGAUCAAGGAUGAGGCGAUGCUCACUGUUCAGGACAGGACAGUCAGAGAGCGGAUCCAAAGUAGCGACGAGCCCCUUCUCGGCGCCCCGACCCAAGGCAGCAUCCUGUUGCAAGAUACCAACUCGUCAGAGACCAUAGCCACCGCCAAAGCUGACACUAAAGGAAGUGGUCGCCAGUACAACGAGGAUGAAAAUGGAUAUGAGGGCAGCGAUGAAAGCAGUGGCCAGGAGCGAGAAAAUCUAACCCAUUUCAAGUCCUGGGGAAAUCCAACAGCUCGCAAUCAGCCAAGUGCUCGCGUUCGGAAGAUCAUUCUCACUGGCCUCCCCCCCAAGACAGACCUCACCGUUGUGCAAUCCCUCAUUCAUGGUGGUGCAGUCGAACAUAUGGGUUUAUCUCCUCCCUCCCCGGAGACCCGCACUCUGACUGCCCAUGUCACCUUCGUUUCCGCAGAUGCCUGCGAUAGGUUCUUUGACAAAUACCCAAAUGGCAUAGACCUUCGUCAUCAGAGCAAGCAAUGCCCUAUCACAGUUGAAAAGGGGACGACGGUCGAUGUCUUGAGUGGUAUGAUGCAGGGUUACCUCGAAUGUGGUGCUACACGUGUCCUGCAGGUGUCUCUGGUUGAUGACGACUGGGGCAUCGUGGCAUUGCACAAGCUGGCCGAGGGCAAACAGAAAGUUCGUCAGGUGGAAGCCGUUGUCGAUAUGUACCACAACGAGAAUCGUACAGUUACUUUCCGCUUUGCAAGUAUCACGCACGCAGUCCAGUUCAAAGGUGUCCUAAUUCGUAGCCACGACUUCGAAGGUUGUCCGGUCGCUUUUGCAUUGGAUCCUUGUUCAAUCGCCACAGACUUCCACUACACUUUAGAAACACUUCUCGUACUUCAGACAGUUCGCGACCGGUUCUGGACGUCAAGAGGAUCGUUUACAAAAAUAGCGAUGCCAUACGCAUGA